AAAGUCGCGUCACUGUGUUGAGUGUCUGAAGCCGUUGGCUUCGAACCGCCUGGCUUUGUAUCUUAUCUAUUAGCGUUAAAAUGUUAAUUAAUUUCCUUGUUAUAUCAAUUUUGCAAUCUUUGGAAAGAGAUAACAUGGUUAAGCUUUAACACGUGGAUUACAUCGGAAGCCAUCUAUCAAAAGAUUUCAGACAAAGUAGGUAGCUAGCUACUGGAUUAUGGGGACACAUUUUGAAAGACCAGCUAGCUAGCCUUGCUAGCUAACCAGCACCGUUCAUAUAAAGAACGAAUCUUGUUUUUUUUUGUUUUGUUGUUGGAACACAGGAAUAAAUGCAAAAAUAUUGAGACCCCUUUCUAAAGAUUGCUGAGUUCCUCCUCUGGAUGGUGGAGCAAUGAGCUUCUGAAAGACACUUGAUCACAUGGCUCCCAUUCCCUUCGUUGACCACCAGGAUUAAAAAUGAGCAUUAGCAGUGAUGAGGUCAACUUCCUGGUGUACAGAUACCUGCAAGAGUCAGGCUUCUCCCACUCGGCGUUCACCUUUGGCAUAGAAAGCCACAUCAGCCAGUCCAAUAUCAACGGAGCCCUGGUUCCCCCUGCUGCCCUCAUCUCCAUCAUCCAGAAGGGCCUGCAGUACGUGGAGGCAGAGGUCAGCAUCAAUGAGGAUGGCACUCUGUUUGACGGGAGGCCCAUCGAGUCGCUGUCUCUGAUCGACGCUGUGAUGCCCGAUGUGGUGCAGACGCGGCAGCAGGCCUACCGGGAAAAGCUGGCCCAUCAGCAGCAGGCAGCCGGGGCUGGCAGCGCCAGUGGCACCCAGGGCCCCCAGCCCGGCAGCACCAAGAAUGGAGAGGGUGGAACCGCUGCCAACGGCGAGGAGAAUGGCGCCCACGCCUUAGCAAACCACCAUGCAGACAUGAUGGAGGUGGACGGGGAUGUUGAGAUUCCCCAGAACAAGGCCAUGGUGCUGCGAGGCCACGAGUCCGAGGUGUUCAUCUGUGCCUGGAACCCCGUCAAUGACCUGCUCGCCUCAGGGUCUGGGGAUUCAACGGCGCGGAUCUGGAACCUGAGUGAGAACAGCACAGGCAGCUCCACCCAGCUGGUGCUGAGACACUGCAUACGGGAGGGGGGUCAGGACGUACCCAGCAACAAAGACGUCACCUCACUGGACUGGAAUAGUGAGGGUACGCUGCUAGCCACAGGCUCGUACGAUGGCUUUGCCAGAAUAUGGACUAAAGACGGUAACCUCGCCAGUACCUUGGGCCAGCACAAAGGUCCUAUAUUUGCCCUCAAAUGGAAUAAGAAAGGCAACUUUAUCCUCAGUGCAGGAGUAGAUAAGACCACGAUCAUUUGGGAUGCUCACACAGGGGAGGCCAAGCAGCAAUUUCCCUUUCACUCAGCGCCGGCCCUGGACGUGGACUGGCAGAGCAACAACACGUUUGCCUCCUGCAGCACGGACAUGUGCAUCCAUGUGUGUAAGCUGGGCCAGGACCGGCCAGUCAAGACCUUCCAGGGACACACGAAUGAAGUGAACGCAAUCAAGUGGGAUCCUACGGGGAGUCUGCUGGCCUCCUGCUCUGACGACAUGACACUCAAGAUCUGGAGUAUGAAGCAGGACUUGUGUGUCCACGACCUGCAGGCCCACAGUAAGGAGAUCUACACUAUCAAGUGGAGCCCCACGGGGCCUGGGACCAACAACCCCAAUGCCAAUCUGAUGCUGGCCAGUGCGUCGUUUGACUCGACUGUGCGCCUGUGGGACGUGGAGCGCGGCGUGUGCAUCCACACGCUCACCCGCCACCAAGAGCCCGUCUACAGUGUGGCCUUCAGCCCCGAUGGGCGCCACCUAGCCAGCGGCUCCUUCGACAAGUGUGUCCACAUCUGGAACACACAGACGGGUGCUUUAGUUCACAGCUACAGGGGAACGGGGGGCAUCUUCGAGGUGUGCUGGAACGCCACGGGGGAUAAAGUGGGAGCCAGCGCGUCAGACGGAUCAGUUUGUGUACUAGACCUGAGGAAAUGACGCUCGUUUGGGGAGCCAUGGACCGACUACGAAUGUGUACAUAGCCAAAAUGACUGUCCCAGCCUGUCGUCUACACUGCUGUAGUCCCAUCAGAAGCCAUGGCCCAUCAUCACAACCACCACCACCAUUACCAUCACAGCCAAACAGAGCACCCCAACACCCCCAUAAACACACAGACUACCCCUCCAGAGAAGAGGUCAAACUAACCCCCAACAAAGGGGAUCUGGACUUCCCUCAAGUCCGACUCAGACCCACAGGAGAGAAAAAUGACUAUAUUAUGGUCACCCGGACAAAAAUCAUAUUGAAGAGAAGAGGACCCAUUGCAUACAGACCAAAAUAUCUGCAAUUUGUUGUUUUAUUUAUUUAUUUUUUAUCCUUUAUACCAGAAAUGAGAAAUGUUAAGCUUCCCCCCCCCCAUGUUGUUGGUGUGUGCAUAUUGUACAUGUCCACAUUUUUUGUUGUCCUGUGGCCAUUUUGUUUUGCUGUAGGUUUGUGUUACAUGUCGAGAGAGGUAAGAUCAGUAGGAUUUUUUUUUUUCUUAAAUUUGGGUUUCAAACUGAUAUUGGGAGAAAUCAUUCAUUUUGGCACUGUACAUGCAUGUUUUUGUGGUUCACAAAUACAUUGAACAAAUAUAUAUUUAUAAAGUUCAAUUCAAAGCUUCAAACAAUUAAAUUCAAAGUUUUUUUUUUCAGUUUGCCAAAAUCCUUUUAUUAAACAUUUUUGGGAGAGCAGCUAGUGGGGAUUAAAGGUGCCAUAUGCAUACUUGUACUUCUUAUUACCUUUAAAUGGCUUCAGGUGUGCAAAACUGUUAGCUUAGUAGACAUCUGAGAAUUCUAAUAAAGAUCAUCACUGCAGCUACUAGAAAGCCCCAUCCUAACUACAUGUGAUGUUAGAUUUGAAUGUAAUGGAUUGGUUAGGGGAAGUUGCAGACACCGUUAUAAGGUCAGUUUGGCAUUUUCUCCCGUUAUGGCUAGGAUUGGGGGAUGGUAAGCUGAUCCUCGAUCUGUGCCUCCGGGGAGCUUUUAGCCAGAAUAUAGGGAUGGCAGUGCUUUGGGUAGCUCAUGAAUGACAGGACAACCCACAUUCAAAGCCACAAUGUCCUACAGGCGGGUUGUGUUCAGUAGUACACUAAGUAGCAACAAGUUUUGCAAUGGAAAAACACGUGUUUCACUUUGGACACGUUCAUUUAGAACCUCCACGUUUCAGAACGAUUUCUCCCUAUUGAACACUCUCCCUGUAUCCUGAUUGGUUGAUAGCGGAUGUUACAAUUAACAUCUGAGCUGUGCUAUUCACGAUAUGUUGUACCUCCACUGUCCAUUGCGUGCUAAGCUAACAAAUGCUAAAUGAUAAUCAGACUAAGCCAUCACUUAAGUUUAUUUUUUGCUUUGUUUUGUUGACCGGUCUUGCUUGGUAAUUAAUCUGGACAUACUGUCUUGAUUUCAGCAGUAACACUUGCAUUACACCGGCCCUUUCAAAUGUCUGCAGUCAGUUUCAACCAUGCUUCCUUCAGUCGACAACCAACUCAUCACAUUUGAAAUGUUAACGCUGGGCAACCUUAUUGCAAUUUGUCAUGUUGAGCAAAAUGUUUAUGAUUGUCAUUGACUGUUGAUGUCUGGGAUCUAGUGAUGUUUAUGUUGAUGUCUUCAGGUGUCAUGUUUAGGUGGUUGACUCCGACGUCAAAGUUAGCCGGUAGUUUUCGGACCCGAACGAGGUCUAAAGGCGUCCGCAUGCUUCAGUUUGCCUGGCGGCUAGCCAAAGUCGGCUAGGCGAACUGAACAGGUGUGCUCGUAGACUUCCGUAAAAGACUUUCACUUAAAAAAAAUUAAACAAGCGGCAAUAGUACUGUUUGUCCAUUUUGAGACACCUUAGCCAGUAUACACUUUCUCAAAAUAAUCCAAAUUAAUCUAAGAUUAAUCUAAAUCCUGAGUUAUUAUUAUUAAUUUUUUACCUUUGUUUAACUAGGCAAGUCAGUCGGUUAAUUUUUAUUUUCGAUGACGGCCUAGGAACAGUGGGUUAACUGCCUUGUUCAGGAGCAGAACAACAGAUUUUUACCUUGUCAGUUUGGGAAUUCGAUCUGGCAACCUUCAGGUUACUAGUCCAACACUAACCACUAGGUUACCUGCCGCCCCAAAUCUAUCAUUAAUUUUUACAUUUUUGCAGAGGAGAUCUUAGAUAUAAAAUUGUGCGACUAAGAUAUUUGGUGCAGUAUUUCUCAAUGAAAAAAUGUGCAUGAAAAUGAGUUGUCUCGUUGAAUGUCAACACAGACUUCACUGAAGAAUCCUGUUCUUCAGGAAUUUGACCAAUCACUGACGAACAGGUGUAGACUUCAGCUACCAACCUCGGCUUUUCUCAAGAAAAUAUUGUGUGCCUGGAAAAACCCUUACUGAAGUCCAAAAUGAACAAAAACAUCACAAAAUGUCCUCAUAAUAUUUGCACAAACUCUUCCAAACUGUUUCGGCUGGGAAGCAUGCGGACGCCUUUACACGAGAUUAGUCUACGUUCCAAGACUACUUUUUGAGUUCUAUAAACAUCUGACAAAGUUAGAUUUUUGGAGUGAACCAUUGCUUUAAGUGUUCUGUUUAGGACACAAUGCUGUGUCUGCUCUUUGGUCGUGGUUUUAAAAGUGAUUUUGUGCACAGCACCAACACAGGCUGUGUUGAGGCCUAUGCAUGGAUAGACAAUGUUUUUGUUUUGUGGUGUUUCAGAAGGUGCAGGUUUUUUUUAAUUGUAAUUUUUUUUUUACGCCUUUUUUUUACGCCUUUUUUUUUGCAGGGAGAUUCGUUGAGAUGAGAAGCAGACUUUGGGACAUAUAUGACUUCAUGUAACUAUAUAUAAUAUAUCUGUGACAUCACAGGCAAUUCUUUUUUAUAUGCCACUCAAGUGCAAGGGUGGUUUUAAAAAAAAAUCUAACUCUUGAAGACAUGCUUGGAAAAUGUGGCGGUACUAUACAUCAUGUGGGUCUUUUACCAUGAGAAAUGGUUCUUUAUAAAAUACCAUUAAACGGUCAUAGCUAUAAAAGAGAACAGCAGCCCGAAGACUGGGUUUAUGUUAUUUUUUUCCUGCACUUCAGAAUAAUGCGUAACAGGGAGAUGUUUAAACCAGGGUUGUAGUCAAUUCUAUUUUGAUUCAUUCUGUAAGUGAACUUUCAAUUCAAGAAUUGAAAAAAAUUCCUCAUUCAAAAUGAAGGCCACUUUUUUUUUUACAUUCUUGAAUUGGAAUUUCAGUUCAUCCCAUAAAUUUAAUUUAGAGUUGACUCCCAACCCUGGUUGGCACAUCCAGACAGGGAUUAAUGCUCGUGGUUUUAUUUCACUCAGCUGAACGUGUGCAGUAGUUCCGUUAAAAAGGAAGGGGAAAUAGUAGUGUCUAAACUGUUGACUUAUUGGUUACACAUUGGAUCCAGGCCAACUUCAUGGCAUUCCAAAAUCCCAUAUCUUAGCCCUAGCUAUCAUCCUGUUGCUUUAAAACAACAAUGUUGUUUUUUGUUGUCUUUUCAAAGGCCUCCUUUGCGAUUUUCUUUCUCAGAAUGUCACUUGUUUUACAAAUUUUGUACAGAAGCUAAGAGUAUUUUGAAGUUUUCUUUAAUAUAAUCAACAGUGAGUGGAUUGUACCAUGAUGACACGAUUUAUUAUGAAGUCUAUGACAGUGGAAUGGUAUUUUAUAACCCUUUUGUUUUUAAAAAGAGUCGCUUUUUACACUGCAUUCAAGUGUUUGCUAUUUUUUUUGUUCCUACCUAAAGUACUAAUUCUAUCUUUGCUAUGUCUAAAAAGCCCUUGAAGGUUUUGUACUCUUUGGAAACUUUUAUAAUUCAGAUUUAUUUGUAGCUAUGUACGCAAAAAUGAACAAAAACAAUAAAUCUCAACUUUAACAAGGACGUGUCAUAACACCCUGGACCAUGUAAAUAAAUACCUGUUUGCAGAUUUUUUUUUUUGUUCCAUGUCUUUGCCCUCACCCUUAUGUUCUCUCUCUCAUAUGGUUGCUGAGACUCUCUCUGCAACCUACGCAUUUGACUGUUGUAAUAUCACUCAGAUCUUUGAAACUUCUAGAAUAAAAUCUAUUUUGAUAAUA